AUGGACGCCAUCAACUACACUGCCUCGGGCUUCACGUCCGCCCUGGCCAACGCGAAGUACCCCAACGUCAACAUCCCCCCCCAGCUCGACUAUGUUGUCGAUGCCAUCUCCAAUGCUGGAGUCUGGACCCUCGCAUUUACCUUCAUUGCCAUGUGCAUUGUCUAUGAUCAGCUCAGCUACCUCAUGAACAAGGGCUCCAUUGUCGGUCCCGCCUGGAAGAUGCCCUUCAUCGGUCCUUUUCUCCAGUCCAUGGACCCCAAGUUCGAGGAGUACUACAACAAGUGGGCCAGCGGUCCCCUCAGCUGUGUCUCCGUCUUCCACAAGUUCGUCGUCAUCGCUUCCACUCGAGACAUGGCUCGGAAAGUCCUCAACUCCCCCUCGUACGUCAAGCCUUGCGUCGUCGAUGUUGCGCACAAGCUCCUCGGCCACGACAACUGGGUCUUCCUUGAUGGCAAGGCACAUGUCGACUUCCGCAAGGGUCUCAACAACCUUUUCACCCGCAAGUCCCUCGAGAGCUACCUGCCCGGCCAGGAGGAGGUGUACAACGCCUACUUCGAGCGCUUCGUCAACCUCACCAAGGAGAACAACGGCAACCCCAUGCCCUUCAUGACCGAAUUCCGUGAUGUCAUGUGCGCCGUUUCUUGCCGCACUUUUGUCGGCCACUACAUCUCUGAUGAGGCCGUCAAGAAGAUUUCCGAUGACUACUACCUGAUCACUGCCGCUCUUGAGCUUGUCAACUUCCCCAUCAUCAUCCCCUACACCAAGACCUGGUACGGCAAGAAGGCCGCUGAUAUGGUCCUGGCCGAGUUUGCCAAGUGCGCCGCCAAGAGCAAGGUUCGCAUGGCCGCUGGUGGCGAUAUUACCUGCAUCAUGGACGGCUGGGUUGUGCAGAUGAUCAAGUCCGAGGCUUGGCGCGAGGCCGAGGCGAAGGGAGACACUGAGGGUAUCGAGAAGCCUCAGCCUCUCCUCCGCAUGUUCAACGACUAUGAGAUCUCCCAGACCAUCUUCACCUUCCUCUUCGCCUCGCAGGAUGCCACCAGCAGCGCUUGCACUUGGUUGUUCCAAAUCAUGGCCCAGAGACCCGACGUUUUAGACCGUGUCCGAGAUGAGAACCUGAAGGUCCGCAAUGGCAACACCACCGCUGAGGUCAAUAUGGACCAGCUUGAGUCCCUGACUUACACCCGCGCCGUCGUCCGCGAGCUACUGCGAUACCGACCCCCCGUCCUGAUGGUUCCUUACCUGGUCAAGAAGCCGUUCCCCAUCAGCGAUACCUACACCGUCCCCAAGGGUUCCAUGUUGAUCCCCACCACAUACAUGGCGCUCCACGACCCGGAUGUGUACGAGAACCCCGACUACUUCGACCCCGAGCGAUACUACACCGGCGAUGCUGAGGAGAAGGGCAAGAAGAACUAUCUGGUGUUCGGUGUGGGCCCUCACUACUGCCUCGGCCAGCAGUAUGCUCAGCUGAACCUGGCGUUGAUGAUUGGAAAGGCGUCGAUGAUGCUGAACUGGAAGCACCAUGCCACUCCUCGGUCUGAGGAGAUCAAGGUGUUUGCUACCAUCUUCCCCAUGGAUGACUGCCCUUUGACUUUCGAGGACAGGAAGUGCUGA